CGGAUCAAUGGGGAACUGAAUCUGCUCGAUUCUGUGGCGAUUCAUUUCCAACCACUCCAUUCAAAUCUCAAUUCAAUAAACACAUUAGAGUUUCUUACUUUUCCAAGAAUUUACAUAAUGGACGAGGAUUUAAGGCCAGUUAUCAAACGACUUUUGACUCAAUGUUAUAUGUUUAUGACACUUCAAAUGAAUUGAGUAAUUUUAAUUAUCCACCGAUAUCAACGGAUGAUGAAGCUUCGUUCCAUUAUCAUUUCGAUGCUAUAGAUAGACGCAAACAGACAGUUCUGGUUUUCGUCGAUCUUGCCAUCAAAUCGAACUCUAAAAGCUACAUUGAAUUACGAGAUGGAAAAUCAAAUGAUACAACAAAAAUCGUCCAAUAUAAUAACUCAUCUCUCCCUCUGCCUCACAUUUUUGGUAAUUCGUUUCAUUUCUAUGUUAAAGGUCAAGUUCUGUUCAAAGUUUUGUACUCACAGUAUUCUGAUUCAUGUAAAUAUGAACUGAAUAGUUGGGAAGGAACAUUUAGUUCACCAGGAUAUCCAAAUGAUUAUCCUCCUUCUCGAACUUGUGUUUGGAAAAUUAAUCUUGCCCCAGGUAAUUUAAUCUCUUUGAAGUUUCAUUCAUUUGAUAUUCAAUAUGAUCAAUUCUGUGCCUUGGAUCAUUUGGAGAUUCGAGAAGAAAAUGAAUCCGGUAAACUCAUUGGCCGAUUUUGUGGAUCAAAUUUACCUCAAUUAAACUCGACUCAAUAUUAUCCAAGUUUAUGGAUUAGAUUUAAAUCUCAUGCUAAUGGUUCAGCUUCUGGAUUCAAAGCUUCAUACAAAACAAUCAAAGAUCUAAAAAUUAACUCUGAUUCUGGUAAAAUUGGAUCGUUUGCUUAUCCAAGAUUAUUUUCAUCGGAAAACAAUCAAAGUUGGACAAUCAAAACCAGUGAUUCGUACAAGAUUAAGUUUAAAUUGGAAAAAAUUGAUAUUCUCGAUGAUUCGUUCAACGGCUCAUGUGCUAAUUCAAGUGUCACAAUUUAUGAUGGUCCAUCGGUGAACAGCUCGAUUCUCGGUCAGUUUUGUGGUUAUCGUGCUGAUGGCCUUCCAAUUUAUACAACUUCUUCAGUUGCUUAUGUCCAUUUCAAGCCAAACUUCCACUUAUCUAGAUUCUUAUUAAGUUGGACAUCGGUCAAUAGUGACAUUUCACUCCCAUUUAGUGCUGAUCCUAAUCAUCUAUGUAAAUACACUGCGAAUCUCAAACUGAACCAAAACGCAACUUUGUUUUCAAGUUCUUAUUCAAAUGAUGUAAAUUGUAGUUGGUCCAUUUCGAGUCCCAUUGGAACUCAGUUACGAGUCGAAAUCAAUGAGAUGGACAUUAAGUCCCAAUCAGAUGAAAAAUGUACCAAGAAUAGAGUCUCUUUUUACGAUUACAGUUUUGAUCAUAAAAAAACUUGGAAUAUCAAUCGAGUCCUUUGUGAAAACAAAGAUAAAUUGUUCAUUCUCGAAGGUAAUCAAUCGUUGAUCUCAUUCUUCAACUAUGGUGGCUCAUCAACCAAACUAAAAGGGUUCAAUAUAACAGUGAGACCGAUUUGUGGUGGUACAUUUUAUGAACCAACGGGUAAUAUUGAUUCAUCUUUACUUGGACCAUUCGAAACCUGUUCAUGGAAAAUCAUUGUUCCAAAAGGUCGUAAAGUCGAACUUAAAUUCCGAUCUUUUAACUUGGGCUCGUAUAACAACUACUGUUCUAAUGGUUAUUUGAGUAUUCGUGGCGGUGCAUCUCCUAACUCUCGAUUUAUUGGACAUUAUUGUGGAUCAAAUUUACCUACGAAAAUAAUAUCCAAUUCGAAUCAACUUUUUAUUUCAACUUAUGUUCCUUCAUCAGAACAAUUCGAAUUUUCUUUGUCUUACCGACAAGUUUCAACUCCAUGCGAAUUUCAAGUUGAACUCGACCAAUCAAAUCCAUCGGCCAUAAUUCAGCUUCCUCAAUAUCCUUAUUCUCCUGUUCAAUACUCUGAGUGUGAUUGGGUCAUCAAAGCUCCAAUCGACAGAGUUAUAAGAAUCGACUUUGAAAUACCAGAUGAUGAUGUUAAAUGUGAUCUGAAUACGACUUAUAUUGACAUUUACGAAGGUUCCACUCAACUAUCGCCUAAAAUUGGUCGAUUCUGUCCAAUAGCUCGGACAACAAGUGUCGUUACUUCAGAUAAUCGGAUGCUCAUCCAUUUUGUUACCAAAGGAGGGACUGGGUCGAGUUCGUUCAAGGCAACAGUAAAUCUUCACGUUUGUGGUGGCAAUUAUAUCAUCAAAAAAAGCACCUCGAUUAAGAGUCCAUCUUAUCCCAAACCGUACGAUGUUAACCUAACCUGUAGUUAUAACAUUUACUCAACAAAAAAGAGCGACAUGUUGACUUAUCGAUUCGACACAAUCGACUUACCUUGCAAAGACAAUAGUAGUUCAGGUGAUUACUUAGCAAUCUAUGAAAAUGAUCACUCAGGUAAACUCGUAAGUAAGGUUUGUGGGGCACAAGAAUACGAGUACAGAUUCAUAGAAACUCAUACCAAUCAACUAUUCAUGAUCUUCAGAUCAGAUUCAGUGAUUGCUGGUAAAGGUUUUCAGGUUUGGUUCGAGCAUCAUGAUCGUUCUCUUGAUAGCAGGAUAUUCAUGGGCAGUGGAUCUGGAUUUAUUGAAACUCCUCGAUUCCCAGAUAUCUAUCCUGCUGGUGGAAAUUGCUCUUGGUUUUUUAUCGCACCAAUUGAAAAUCGAGUCACUCUUAACUUUACUCAUUACAAUCUUAAACCAGUCGAUAAAGUUAUAAUUGAUUAUUAUCCAAUGCAAUCAAUUGGCGAAUUUGGCUCAGAUGCUUAUACAAUAUCACCAGAAAAUUUUACUCUCCCCUGUAAAAGAAAUACCAGUAGCUGUGUAAUUCAGUCACCGAAUAAUAAAUUAGCUGUUUACUUUGAAACUCAUUCGGGUCUGGAUGCUGGUCAAGGCUUUAGAGCUGAUUUUCGUGUUGACCAACCAACAGAAUGUGGUGGUUUUAUCAAUGCAACUUCCAGAUCAAUUAUUUCGACUAAUUUUUCGCGCCCAAUCGAUGGUUUGAGGAUCUCAUGUGCUUGGGAAAUCGUAUCCGAAACCCAAGAAUCCGAACAGAUCACACCCUGGAUAUCGUUUGAAACAAUCGAAGUCUUUGGAUCGGCUGAAAAUGAUUCGAUUUGCUCUAUUGGGAACAUAACUCUUUCAUUCUCUGAAGUUUCUGUUCUAAAUAAUCGAGCACUUGAUGGACAUAACAUAGUACUAUGUGGAAAGAGUUCGAAAGUGAUUACAGUCAAUUCUCCAAUCUCAACAGUAUUCUUUCGCCAAAUGAACGCUAGUUUUAAUCGAACUCGAGGUUAUCGUGGUUUUAAGGCCACUUAUCACCUUAGCCAAUGUGGGGGAACAAUAGAAGAAUCCAAAGGUACAAUAAAAACACCAGGUUGGCCGGGUAACAACUAUCCAAUUGACACUGUUUGUGUUUGGACAAUUGUGAAUCUUGGCUUUGAAUUGCAACUGGAGUUCGAAGCAUUUGAAUUGGAAGAUGAUUGUUCCAAGGAUAAUUUGCUUAUCAACGAAAUCGAUGAUCUAAAGAUAACUUCACUUGGUCGUUACUGCUCAAAGAAUAAGCCACCACUCAUACGAUCCUACAAGAGCGGAAUCUCAAUCAUAUUCAAAAGUGAUGGGAACACAACAGGAAAAGGGUUCGUAUUGACCUACAAGGCAAUAAAAAGUUCUUGUAAUGAAUACAGAACUUCAGUCACUAGUUAUUACGACCGAGAGCUUUCCCCUUACAAAGCUAAUCAAGACUGCGAAUCAAUAUUAGAAGUCGAUCCAAUGUAUCAACUUAACUUGACUUUUGUAAAUCGAUUUGAUAUCGAAGAUUCAGUUAAUUGUUCUAAAGAUUAUCUAGAUAUCAAUGAGUGGAGAAACAAUUCUUACAAUCAUAUUGGUCGAUACUGUGGAUACAAUUCACCAGGAUCGAUAAUUUUCAAAGAGAAUAAAGGUAAACUUGUAUUCCAUUCCGAUGGAGAUGAUCGUCGUGGAGAUGGAUUCGAUUACUAUGUCACGAAAUAUUGUCGAAUGACUAUCGAUAAAAGAGGAAAUGGAACAAUUAAAAGCCCUGAUUAUCCGUAUCUCUAUGGAAUUAACUAUUGUGAGUGGAGUUUCAAGGGACAGGAACCAAAUGAUACGAUAUUCGUUCAUUUUAACGACUUCGACUUGGGUGCUGAAGAACCAUGUGAAGACAACUACCUCGAAGUGAUAGAGAAGAAUCUAGUUACAGGUCAUGAUUCAGUUCGAAGGUACUGUGCUAAGAAUUCAGUUGAAGAUAUAAAAUCUCAUGGAAAUCUGAAGAUAAUAUCAAACUCGAAGAAAUUUGGUUCAUCGCGAGGAUUCAACUUUGACUAUCAAAUUUUUCCAACUAAUUAAUUAAUCCAAUUGUUCAUUUAUCGUGUUAUUAUUUAAUAAUAAACAUAAUGCAAUAUGCG